GUGUGAGUGAGUGACACGACCCGUCUCUCUCUCACACACAUGCAAAGAUGGAUACAGCGAGCGAAACCUCCAGCGUUCAGGAAAGACCCAAAUGGGACAACAAGGUCCAGUAUCUGCUGACCUGCGUGGGAUUUGCUGUCGGGCUCGGAAACAUCUGGAGAUUCCCGUAUCUCUGCCAGAUUUACGGAGGAGGAGCGUUUCUGAUCCCGUACCUGAUCGCGCUGGUGUUCGAGGGUUUACCUCUGCUGUAUCUGGAGCUGGCCAUCGGGCAGAGUCUGAGGAAGGGCAGCAUCGGCGUCUGGCACUCCAUAUCUCCACUGCUAGGGGGCGUCGGCGUGGCAUCAAUGGUCGUCUCCUUCCUGGUGGGUCUGUUUUACAACACCAUUCUGGCCUGGGUUUUGUGGUAUUUCUUCCACUCAUUUGAGGAUCCGCUGCCCUGGAGCCAAUGUCCCAUUAAUGACAACCUGGAGGGCUAUGUGGAGGAGUGUGUGUCCAGCACGCCGGUGAACUAUUACUGGUACCGGCAGACUCUGAACAUCAGCCCAGAUAUCGAGCAGAGCGGCUCUCUGCAGUGGACGCUGGUGCUCUGCCUCGCCACGGCCUGGAGCAUCGUCUACAUCUGCUUCAUUCGUGGCAUCGAGACCAUCGGCAAGGCUGUGUAUGUGACGGCCACAUUCCCGUACCUGGUGUUGACCAUCUUCCUGGUGCGAGCGCUGACGCUGCCCGGAGCCACAGACGGCCUGCAGUACCUGUUCACUCCAGAUUGGUCGCUGCUCACUAACCCUCAGGUUUGGCUGGACGCUGCAACACAGAUCUUCUUCUCUCUGUCUCUGGCCUUCGGUGGACUCAUCGCUUUCUCCAGCUACAACCCCAAAAAGAAUGACUGUGAGCGUGAUGCUCUGUUUGUGGGAAUCAUUAACAGCGCGACGUCUCUCUAUGCCUCCAUCCCCAUAUUCGCCAUCCUGGGCUUCAAAGCCACCAGCAACUUCAACUCCUGCGUCAACAGUAAUAUCCUGGACCUGACGAACGCUUUCGACAUCGGCGACAGGAACAUCACGAUUGAGAACUACGACAGCUGGCUGAGGGACCUGAACGCCAGCGAUCCUGACAGAGUCUCCAGUCUGAACCUCAAACACUGCGUCCUGAAGAACUUCCUGGACCAGAGCGCGUCAGGAACGGGUCUGGCGUUCAUCGUGUUCACGGAGGCGGUGAUCGAGAUGCCGGGCUCUCAGGUGUGGGCCGUGCUCUUCUUCGUCAUGCUCUUCAGCCUCGGACUCUCCUCAAUGUUCGGUAAUCUGGAGGGAGUGCUGACGCCCCUGCUGGACCUGCACAUGGUGCCCCGCUGGAUGCCCAAAGAGAUCUUUACUGGUCUGAUCUGCGUGGUGAAUUUCCUGGUGGCUCUGAUCUUCACUCUGGGAUCUGGGAAUUAUUGGCUGGAGAUCUUCAACAGUUACGUGGGUUCAGUGCCGCUGCUGGUCAUCGCCUUCUUCGAGAUCAUCGCCGUCGUCUGCUUCUACGGCAUCAAGCGGUUCAGCGACGACAUCGAGCAGAUGACGGGACGGCGGCCGAACCUGUUCUGGCGCUGCUGCUGGAUGGGCAUCAGUCCUGUCAUGCUGCUGGUGGUGCUGGUGGCGUACGUGGUGGUGCAGGUCCAGAAACACCCCACAUACCCCGCCUGGAACCCACAAUACGAAAACUUCCCGGAGACGGAGGAGAAGCCGUACUCCACCUGGGUUUUCUCCAUCUGUGUGUUGCUCAGCUCCGUCCCCGUCAUCUCCAUCCCUAUAGUGGCUCUGUACAGACUCAUGAGACGACACACACACCCACACAGCGGAUACCCUAACCCAUACACCAACCAGAGCUACACUGACGACACACACACACAGAGCUUCAAGCAGAUCUAACACACACACUUACAAGAGCUACACUGAUAACACACACAUGUAGAGCUUCAGAACAUACACGCACACACCCAGAGCUUCAAGCAGAACACACACACACACACACACACACCAAUAUUAUGAGGCAGAAUGUGUGUGUAUGUGUGGAAAUGUAAAUGUUGAUGUAUUCCUGUGCUUGCUGACGUGACUCAUAUUGGUGUAAAAUCACUCUGAGAAUAAAAUAAUAAUAAUUUAUUGGAAAA